AUGGUGAAGAUUGAAGGCAGUUGCGAUAAUGUAUAUUACUACACUAGAAAUGAACCAUUGGCAAAGGGUAUUAGGAGAGUUGGGAAUGAUGCUAACUACUUUGAGUUUAUUGAAACAAAUUAUAGUGAUGAAAAUGUUCUAAGAGUGAAUGUGUAUAUAGACCAAAAAAAUGAACAUGUACUUGAUUGGGCUGAAAUGGAAGUAGUAGAAGAUGAUGAAGGGAAUUAUCCUGAGCAAGACCUGGAUGAUGACAACGAUUCACAACUUUCUGAUGAUAUUCCAUAUGAGCAUGAAGCAGAUGACUACAUUCCUUCUCUUGACAAGACUAUUGGUGAUGAAUUUUUGCACCGUGUGUCAGGUAUUUGUAAGGAUACAAAUGAUGAGGUUGAAACCAACAAUGGAGAUGACAAACUUGUGUACUCUAUCCAUAAUGAGAACCAGAAAUGGUGCCAAUUCUAG